AUGUGGGUCUUCAUCUCCCAGAGUGAUGCAGACCCUGUAUCCCAGGCUGACUCCCGUGCUAACCCCACAAGGAACAUCAGUGGGAUUAAGCCACUGCAGGAUGCUUCAGGCAGAAGGCCUGGCGCAGCUGAUUUACCGUCCCUGUCAGGCUUAACGUCUUUGGAGGCCUCCUCUGCCCUGCUCCUGUCUUCUGUGGAAAAACUAGUGAAAAGCAUCUGCCGCUGCACCAACCAGAUCACCCAAAGGGAUGACUGGCAGUCAUCUUGCUCAGGAGUAAGAGAGGAAGCAAUGGGCUGGACUAUGAUUCUAGAAGAUGACUUUGGGGUCAUUGCCUGGACACGGCGAGCUGGGAACUACAUCAGCCUCUUCCUCCUCUUGUCUCUCUUUUCUACUCCAGUCCAGUCAGACAUUGUGUUUCCUAAGGACCAUCAUUUCUCAUGGAAAGCAGGUCAGUGGGGUCAGUGUAUCGGGGAUGAGUGUGGUUCUGGUGGGAUUCAGACAAGGACAAUAUGGUGUGUCCACAGAGAUGGCUGGACUAGCCACCACUCCCACUGCCAGCACACGGAGAAGCCAGAAAGCCAGCGGCACUGCUUUAAGGUCUGUGACUGGCACCAGGACCUCUUUGAGUGGGAGGUGUCUGACUGGGGGGGCUGUGUUCUUGUCCCUUUCUUUUCCAAUGAGCUCAAGCUGAGGACAGCUGAAUGCAUUACAGCACAGCAUGGCAUCCAGAGGCGCCAAGUCCACUGUGUACGCACUUCAAACCGUACCACAGUCACCUCGAGGAUAUGUGAAUUCUUUUCUCAGAAACCGCCUGUGGAACAGGCUUGUCUCGUCCCCUGCCCCCAGGACUGUGUGGUGUCAGACUUCACCUCCUGGUCAAGUUGCAGCAAAACCUGCGGUGCUGGCCUGCAGCACCGGACUCGACAUGUCCUGGCCACACCAAUGUAUGGGGGGGCAAACUGCCCCAACUUGACCGAGACUAGGACUUGUUCUAGCCCUAUCAACUGCCCUGCUGGGGAGGGCGAGUACCAGUACAGCCUUAAAGUAGGGGCCUGGAGCGAGUGCAGACUGCCCCAUCACAAAGAUGCUGUGUUAAGUGGAAGGACCACAGUGGACUUCAGCAGCAGCUCCAAUGAGAACAACACAGUCAUGUUGCACACGUUGGCUUCUCACCGCCACUCCCAUCACAACCACCACUACCACCACCACCACCACCACCACCACCAUGCUCAUGUGCACAACAAAUACCCCAUGUCCUGGGAACUGGAGGUGGGAUACCAGACACGACAGGUCCGCUGCACACGGGGUGACGGCAAGAACGCUAUGCUGAGUCUCUGUACCAAGGACAGCUCCCCCCUGACCUUCCAGGCAUGUGUGAUGCCCAAAGACUGUCAGACAUCUGAUUGGUCAUCGUGGAGCCCAUGCUCUAAAACCUGCCGGUCCGCCGACCUGUCUCCUGGUUACCGUCUCCGGUCACGGAUCAUGACGCAGAUCCCAGUCGGUGGGGGGAAACGAUGUCCUGCCCUUGAGGAAAAAGAAGCUUGCAACAUCAUAGGAGAUUUACUUCCAAACUGCCCCAGGUAUCUCUGGAGGAUCACUGACUGGGGCGAAUGUCGCAUCCUCCCUUUACUGAGCCAGCAGGACCGGCGGCUGGCUAACAUCAGUAUACUGUGUGGAGAGGGCAUCCAGACCAGGAAGACCUACUGUGUUCAAGUCCCUGAUGUCUCAGCACCACAUCACAGGAAAGAAGUAUCCAGGCCUGUGAAUGCCAGGCUGUGUGCUGGUGAAGAGCCCCCAUCGGCUGUCCAGAACUGCUCCAUCCCCUGCCAGAACCACUGCCUGCUCUCCCAUUGGUCAACCUGGGGUGCCUGCCUACAUGACAACUGCAGAGAACCACAGGGGAAGAAAGGUUUCAGACAGAGGAAGAGAAAGGUGUUGUGGGAGUCCAGCAGUUCUCCAGAGACCUGUCCUCACCUGGUAGAGUCCGUCCCCUGUGAGGAUCCCACCUGCUACUUGUGGCAGGUCCAACAAGAGGGAAGUUGCAUUCCCAAUAAGGGCUCCUGUGGUCCUGGAACUGCGGUGCAGAAUGUGACCUGUGUCAGCUCUGAAGGGGAAGAUGUGCCCAUCGCUCACUGUGCAGACGACCCCCCACCCACAGAAGUGGUCUGCGAGGUUGCCUGUCCUGCAGACUGUGUGGUUGGCUCUUGGUCCUCCUGGUCCCCCUGCUCACACAGCUGUGCCACUAAGACCUCUGAGGGCAGACAGAGCCGCACUCGCACUGUGUUAGCUAUCCCAGGCAAAGGGAAGGAGUGUCCAACAGCUCCAGCCUUGGAGGAGUGGAGAGUUUGUAAUGACCAUCCUUGCACGGCGUUCUACUGGGAGUCCUCACCCUGGGGUCCCUGUAUUGAGGAUACCUCGAUGAAUCUCAAUGGAACCAGCUUCUGGAAUGGGACCCCUACCUGUGCUGUGGGUGUCCAGAUCCGCAAAGUCAGCUGCACUAAGAUGAACGUUGGACCUGUCAUAAGUAAAAGGUGUUCAGAUUCUUCUCGUCCAGAAACCGUCAGACCCUGUCUGCUUCCCUGCAAGAAGGACUGCAUUGUGACACCCUUCAGUGAAUGGACAGCCUGCCCGUCAACCUGUAUGCCAGAUAACACAACCGCCGUCACACAGUCUCGAUACAGGACCGUCAUUCAAAGGUCUGCUAAUGGAGGGCAAGAGUGUCCUGACACGCUGUAUGAAGAGAGAGAGUGUGAAUCACGUCCAGUUUGUCCAGUGUACAGGUGGAGGACACACAAGUGGCACAGUUGUGCUCUGGUUCCAGAUUCUGUUCGACGUGGAUUAAGCGGACCGGGAGAAGCCUGCGGAAUUGGUUUAGAAACAAGAGGAGUUAGUUGUGUUGGUGAGAGCGGUGAGUCAACCAAUAUGACGGAGUGCCUGCGAUGGGCUGGCCCCACGCCCCCUCAGAUCAGAGAGUGCCGAGUGGUUUGCAAGGAUGAUUGCACUCUGACUGCAUGGUCCAAGUUCUCUGAAUGCACUGGAUGUGGCACUUCUAGAAGUCGCAAGCGCUCACUCACGGGUCGCAGCAAAAAAAAGGAGCUUUGCCUGAAUGAGGAGUUGUACCCACUGGAGGAGACAGAGUCUUGUCCCUGUGAUGAGUUUUUGUCGCAGCCCUAUGGGAACUGGUCUGUGUGCAUUCUGCCUGAUCCUUCAGUGUCAGGGUCCCUGCAGGGCUGGAUGAGCCACCGGGAGGUAAAGGAGUGUGGCAAAGGUCUGCGCUACAGAGCUGUGGCCUGCAUCGACCAGCAGGGACACCUGGUCGACCCUACGCUCUGUACAGACUCAGGCUACAUGGUGGAGGUUUGCCACAUUCCUUGUCCCCUAGACUGUAAGCUCAGCGACUGGUCAGCCUGGUCAGCCUGCAGUGCAUCCUGUGGCAGCGGGUUGAAGAUCAGGUCCAAGUGGCUCAGGGAGAAAGCUUUCAAUGGUGGACGCCCAUGCCCCAAGCUGGAUUUGAAAAACCAGGCUCAGGUGUACGAGGCCGUGCCGUGCCACAGUGAAUGCAGCCAGUUCCACUGGAGGACGGAGCCCUGGUCCAUUUGCACCAUCAACACUGUGGAUGACCUGCCAGCCUGUGGGGAGGGAGUCCAAAGCCGCAAGAUCAGGUGUGUGAAGAAGGGAACGAGUGGAGAAGCCAGCAGUGUGGACGACAGUCUGUGUGAUCAGGAGGAAAUGCCACCCAGAGCCCAGGUCUGCUUUCUGGCCUGCCCGAACGACUGUGUAGUGGCUCCCUGGGGACCUUGGAGCAACUGCUCCCUGCAAUGUGACCAAGGGACAGCAAGAAACAGGAGUAGACACAUCCUCCGCCUCUCAGCCUCAGAAGACUCUGCCUGUCCAGAGCUGGUCCAGUCGGAGCCCUGCAUCCUCAACAUCACCUGCUUUACUUACCAGUACAGAGUCUCAGACUGGAGUACAUGCCAGCUGAGUGAAAAUGCCAUCUGUGGUCAUGGUUCACGGCUGCGUCUCCUGGACUGUAUCCGCAGCGACGGGAAGAUAGUGGCCCAGCAGAAGUGCGAGGAGUCCGGCCUGAUCAACAAGUGGAGGCUGUCAGAGAGCUGCGUGGUUGAUUGUCCCGUCAGCUGUUUACUCUCUGAUUGGUCGCCGUGGGCGGAAUGCUCGCACACCUGUGGUAGCCAAGGUCUGACUGUGCGCACACGGAGAAUUCUGCAGGAGGCUCAUGAGGAGGGUCGUCCCUGUCCCAACCAGCUCACCCAGACCAAACCAUGUCCCAUAAGGCCUUGCUAUAUGUGGCUGCUGAGCGACUGGUCCCCAUGCACUGUAGAGGGAGCAGAGUGCGGUGAGGGGCUUCGGAGAAGGAACCUGUCAUGUGUCGUCCACUGGGGUGACUGGCCUGAGUCUCCUCCUCAGCCAGUAGAGGAGGAGCUUUGUGGAGACAGAAGGAGGCAAAAGAUACAACAGGAGAUGGAGCAGCCCUGCUUCGUUCCCUGCCCAGGAGACUGCCAUUUGACUGAGUGGUCAUCUUGGAGCUCUUGCCAGCUGACUUGCCUGGAGGGGCGGAGCUUUGAGACCACUGGUCGCCAAGCACGCUCCAGAGCUGUAAUCAUUCAGGUCAUGGAGAACCAGGGCAACUGCCCGCAUCAAGUCUUUGAGACCCAGCCCUGUAAAGAAGGAAAAUGCCACAGUUACCAGUGGAGGACAGGAGGAUGGAGCAACAACGAGAGAUUAGUGUGGUGUCAGCGCUCAGACGGUGUCAAUGUCACAGGGGGAUGUUUCGCACAGAAAAGGCCAACCACGGUCAGACACUGCCAUCCUCCGUGCACUAAACCCUUCUCACACUGCACAACGAGCGGAGUGUGUGGGUGUGAGAAGGGUUAUACUGAAGUGAUGACAACACACGGUUUCUUGGACUACUGCACCAGAACCCCGGGGGUGGACAACAACAAGAAAGCUGAUGUGAAAACCAACUCUGGGCGGUUAAAACCCGGGCCGACUCAGGCCCAGGACCUCUUCACAGAGUGGACCUUACGACCUGUUGGCCCAGAUGGAAGAGUAAAGCUGUGGGUUUACGCCGUGACUGCCGUCGGAUUCAUCUUCGUACUCUUCAUUAUUGCAUUAUCCUUCCUGGUCUGUAAGCCAUCCAAAACCACUAAGACGUCUCCUCCGCCGCAGAAGCCCUUGACCCUGGCCUAUGAUGGUGACAUGGAUAUGUAA